AUGCCAUCAUCCUUCAUGGAUCCCAGCGCUGUAGGAUCUCCCUGGCAGGAUGGUCCAAGACUCUUCCCUGCAGACUUUCAUACGCCGUACUCUCUGCAGAUUCCCCUCGCCAGAACUGCCUUGUACACGGACCCAAACAGAUGCUCCCUGAGGGCAGGAUUUGGGACCACAGUCCGGACUGGAGAACUUCUCACCUGCGAAGAAACCUUGGGUCGUGGUGCUUACGAGACGAAUCUGAGCAGCACGAGCAACUCUGGACCAGAACCAGGGUAUGACUGGCGGGUAUGGGGGCAAGCUGACGGUGAGGCCGCAGGCAAGAAGAAAAACACCAGACCCACUUUCUCUGGGAAGCAAAUCUUCCUCCUGGAGAAGACGUUUGAGAAGACCAAAUACCUAGCAGGUCCAGAGAGGAGCAAGCUAGCUCGCUCCCUGGGCAUGACCGAGUCCCAGGUCAAGGUGUGGUUCCAAAACCGGCGCACCAAAUGGAGGAAGAAGAAUGCCACAGAGCCGAGCUCGACACAGCCAUCGCCCAGGGAGCAGGGUGCAGGUCUGUGGGGAGGUGAGAUGGAGGACGAGGCCUACAACAGGCCCCUGGACCCUGACGAAGACGACGAUGACAACAAGAAGCUUCGAAGGCUGCUGAGAAAGCAGUGCUGA